AAAUGGAAGUUGGCCCGUAUGCGACCAUCGGGCACCUACUCUUCCGACACUGCACGAGAGAUUUCUGAAAAAAUUGACGCCUUGGUUGAGCAGAGCUCCCAAGGCCAAUUCACUCCAGAGGGUCGUCAGGAUAUUCUUGCUGCUGCAAUUGGACGACCUGAGCACCCUGGACGUGUACGUGCUGCAGGUCCUGGAGUAGGAAUUACAGAUUAUUUUGGGAGCUCUUCUCGUCAGCCUUCAUAUUCAUACAGCGAUACACAAAGGAUGACAGAAGAGAUCACAAAAAAGGUCCGACAAGACCUUAUACAGGAGAUCAGGGCCGAGGUGAGGGCUGAAUUCCAGAUGCUAUACCAGGAGCAGUUUCAGAGCAUGCGCCCGGUGCAGUCUCCUAUAGAGGAACAUACACAACAGAAGAUUCCUCUAUCUGAGGAUGACCCUCUUUCUUCAUUGCAUCUACUUGCUGACAUCCUUGAUGAUAAGCCUUUGGAGGUUGAGUAUGAUGCUAAUGUAUUUGGGCAUGGCUCUGAGGUCCCAAUAUACCUUAAUAGCCAAGAUGUCCGUGAGCUUGCGUCGGGAACACAAGAGUUGAAUAUUUCAAUUAUUCAACUAUGGACGAUGUAUAUGUCUGGGGUCACUAAUAAGUUGGGGCGUUCUGAUGAUUAUGGAUUCAUUGAUCCCCAAUCAAUUCAUGAAUCAAAUGAUUUUGAGCAUAUCAACAUGAGUCUGAUAAGCAGUUUUCGAAGGGGCAAGAAAAUAUACUUUUUGCCUUAUAUAUCCGGGCGCCAUUGGCAACUUCUUGUUAUGUCUAUGCAAGACAACUAUGCUUUGUGGUUCUGCUCAUUGCAUAGGCCUCCUCCCCCACAACUCAAACAAGCAAUUGAUUGGUAA